CUAACCUCAGUGUGCGGAGAGCGACCGCAGUGUACACCAUCUCCACGUUUUGGCAAAGAAGAGGGCAGUUAUCGUUGCCGAGUGAACGAGUUUCGAUCCACCGUCGUACUUUCGAUCAGCUGGACCAAUCAGUGUUAUUUAUCUCGCCCGCCUUAUCUCCCCUGCCUUCUCCGUUCCACUCGGAUUUCCAUUCGCCGGUGAACAGACUUGGCGAAUGAGACGCACGUACGUUGGGCGAACGUACAGGAUUCGAUCGAGUGAUAUAAUAAUUGGAACGCGCCGGAAAUCGGAGCCCGCGAUUCCAUCCGUCGAUGGCGAGUUUUCCCUCUAUGGAGGUGGAGGAGUUUCGUUCGUAACGCGCGAGUGACGGAAUCACGAACGGAAUCGCGUUUACACGAUUUUGACGGACGAGGUGACCGAUCUCCUUUUCUUGAUGAAUACGACGACGUCGAGAAGAAGCACGGUCGGUAGCCACGCGGUUGACGCUCUCACCGCCGGUUGCACCUCCGAAGGGGUUGACACCUAGCACGAGGAGCGUCUGCUGCGCAGCUAGCGAGAGAAACGAUUCCGAAGGGAUCACCAUCUUCCUUCGCAUGGUGAUACAGUGGUGUUAUUGUUAUUGUUGUUGUUAUCGAUAUUUGGUGAUACACGUGCCCCGGUGAUACACGAGUCAAACUGACUACACGUUUCUAUGUUUACGUAAUUUCAAAUUGUCGUUUCGAGAGCGUGGAAAGGAAGAGUCGCCCGCCUCCUUCCGCUUUCCUUUCUCAAGUGUUCUUUUCCGCUGUGUUUUACCGUCGUGGGUCGGGAGGCGCGCGUGUCGAACGACGUGUCGGAUACCGGGCUGGCGAGAUCGGCAAAACAGUUUCAGGCUUUCGAUUUCGAAGGAGUUUGGAAUCGUGUGAUCGUCCGCGCGAGAUCGACGACACGUGGAUUCGGAUCCACAAUUCUCGUUCCUAGCUCACGUGGUCGUCGAACUACUACCGGCGACGCUCUUAUAGUGGCGCUUCCGCGAUAUAACGUAUCACGGAUGUUCCUCUCGAGUUGAAACGAGUUUGCUCGUGAUCAAUUUGAAAGUUGUCGGGUUAUCUGUGUGCUCGUUGAAUUUUUAUCCAUGUUCCGUAUCGACGUUGCGACAACAUCGGACGUGAUCGAUGAGUGUUCGGCCGAGUGAAUAGGAAAGAAAGAAAAGUAGGAAAAAGAAAAAAAAAAUAGAGACUCUCCGUCAAACGAUUCUUCCGUCCUGUUGUCGAGAAUCGAAACGCGUGUGUGCCACUUUCAUGUUGCGAAUAGAAGGAGAGGGAUGACGGUGCAUCAUCGUUGUGCUGCAGACACCGUCGAAGAGGAGGAAGAAGACUCGUGAAUUACGUAAACGACGAUCAUCGGUGCUGGAACGAGACAUCGUUAAUAGUACAUCGUUGUUUGCGAUUCUUCGUAGGAUUUUUCGGAUCCGCAAGCACGCGGAAUCAAGCAGGCAGCGUGGAGCGCUCGGCGAUCGUGUGGCCGCGCGCCGCGGACCUCUAUCUUUAUCAACCAGGCUGUGCAUUUCUCACCUACUAUAGUCGUGACAGCGCAAUCAGUGCCCAGAACGCUCUGCAUGAGAAGCGGACUUUACCAGGGAUGAACCGUCCUAUUCAAGUCAAGCCGGCGGACAGUGAAAACCGCGGAGACAGAAAGCUGUUCGUGGGAAUGCUCAGCAAGCAACAAACAGAAGACGAUGUCAGACAGUUGUUCACUGCCUUUGGCACAAUAGAGGAGUGUACCAUCCUCCGAGGACCUGACGGCAGUAGCAGAGGCUGUGCAUUCGUAAAACUUUCAUCGCAUCAAGAAGCGCUAGCGGCGAUCAAUACCUUACACGGUAGCCAAACUAUGCCGGGUGCGUCAUCCAGCUUAGUGGUAAAGUUCGCAGAUACUGAGAAAGAGAGACAACUAAGACGCAUGCAGCAAAUGGCCGGGAACAUGAGCCUCCUUAACCCUUUCAACGUCUUCAAUCAGUUCGGCGCUUACGGCGCUUACGCUCAGCAGCAAGCAGCUCUGAUGGCUGCGGCAACGGCACAAGGGACGUAUAUCAAUCCAAUGGCGGCAUUGGCACACGUUGGCGCUGGCCAACUGCCGCACGCGUUGAACGGCAUGCCAAACCCCGUCGUUCCACCGACUUCCGGUUUGCUCGUAGGUACCGGUACAGGGCAGCCUGUUAACGGGGCGAUACCGUCGUUACCGUCGCCAACGAUGCCCAAUUUCAACAUGGCUGCACAAACACCGAAUGGUCAACCAGCAGGUUCGGAUCCUGGUGUCUACACCAACGGGAUACCGCAGACCUAUCCGGGACAUGCCCUCCAUCUGUCCAUUCCAGCACAAGGGCUGCCUAAUGGGGAGGCGGCACUCCAGCAUGCCGCCGCGUAUCCUGGAAUGCAACCCUACCCCGGUGUCGCUUAUCCCGCCGUCUACGGCCAGUUUCCUCAAGCUAUUCCUCAGCCGAUGACCGCCGUGGCACCCACGCAGAGGGAAGGAUGCUCUAUCUCAGGACCCGAAGGCUGCAACCUGUUCAUCUACCACCUGCCUCAAGAGUUUGGUGACGGUGAGCUCAUGCAGAUGUUCAUCCCCUUUGGCAACGUCAUAUCCUCCAAGGUUUUCAUCGAUCGUGCCACCAACCAGAGCAAAUGCUUCGGUUUCGUGUCGUUCGACAAUCCAGCGAGCGCGCAGACAGCAAUUCAAGCGAUGAAUGGCUUCCAGAUAGGGAUGAAGCGUUUAAAAGUCCAGUUAAAGAGGCCCAAGGACGCGAGCCGGCCAUACUAACCAAAGUCCUAGCUUAGAGAAACUGGACGAUACGCACCCUACAUCAUAACCCACAGAAUGUCGUACAAGAACACGGGCUUAUUGAACGCUCGACGAUCAGAAGUGAUGAGUUUGAAUCACCGUUACAACGCUCUCCACUAUAAUAACCUAGUAUACUAGUUAGAUAAAUUAAUUAGAGGAUAACAAUUAGAAGUCGGUAGAGAUUGACUUCGCCGGCAGCCUUCGAAGGCGGCGAGGACGAAGAGGCUGAUGAGAACGCUAAUGAGAACACAUUGGAUGUCCACAGCGCUGAACCCAGUCCGAGAGAAAGGCGAAAAGAAAAGAAAAGAAAAGAGAAGGGAAGAGAGGGAAAGGAAAGGGGGGAAAAAACGCGAGAUUAGUAGGAUUCACGCUUCGAACAAAACGAAACACUCUCGGAUGCUCGGAUACGAUUAAUCCUUUUACUAAACAAAAACAAAAGAAAAAAAGAAAAAGAAAAAAAAAAAAAGAACGGAACACGCGUCGAUCUUUCUCAUCCUCUUCUUUCUAUUUUCCUACAUCUUAUUAUAUUUUAUACAUAUUUUUUCCGUUCUUCACUCUCGAUCCCUACUGCCAAACGAGAACCCGUAUCGGAAUAACGGAGCAAAGAAAAAAAAAAAAAAAGAAAACAAAGAAAAAAAUCUUUCGAUACGCGUUUCUUCUCGACGACGGCGACUUCGUCGUCGUCGUCGUCGUCGUCGUCGUCCUAGUAACGAGUUUUAUCAUCCGAUCAUCCGGGACAAGUAGAAAUUAAACGGGAGCCUUUAAGAGCCUCUCGACCAGGUUUUAUCGUUCCGACGACACGCUAACUCUUAAAUAGUUUGAUAAAUCACGUGAUGGGAAAAACGUUCAAGUGCGGGCGACUUUCCAGGUAAAAAAAAAAAAAACGGUAAAAACCAAAGAAGAUAUGAGAAGAAGAAGAAGAAGGAGAAGGAGAAAAUAAAAAAUAAAAAAAAAGAAAACUCUUAGUUCCUGACGAAGCGGCAUGGCGAUUGUAGCCGACCGACUGUUUAAGAAAAAAAGAAAAAAAGAAAAAAAAAAAGAAGAAGAAGAAAAGUUAACUAUUACCGCGAUUCGACCCAUAGCGAAAGUACCUAUUCAGAGAUUCUCUCUAGGGAAAACACGAGUCCAGUGUGUGUAAUCGGUUGAAUUCGUUGUAUCGCCUUUUUUAGAGAAGAAGAGGACGCAAACUUUGCCAAUUUUUUUAUUUGACAACCAAAGAUACAACAACAACAACAACAACAACAACAACAGCAAAAAGAAAACCGUCGAAUAUCCGGAAUAGACAAGGAUUUUUUCGUCGAACAAAGUGAUCAUCGCGUUUAUUAAUAUUAUCGCGGAUAGGAAGAAGGUCGUUAGGAUCGUUUCUUACGAUACGUAGUUUACGGUGUUCCGUGGAAAGGACCGACGCGGUCUCUCCUAACGCAAAUUUGUCAAUCACGUAUACAGGGUGCUCGUCUCACGCAACGUCUUUAAAAGAAAAAAAAAAAGAAAACGAAAACGAAAAAAAAAGAAAAAAAAAAGAAUGAAGAAUUUCUAAAAUGAAAACUACUACUACUACUACUAUUAUUAUUACUACUACUACUACUAUUAUUACUAUUAUUACUAUUACACACACACGAACACGCGCAUUCACAAUCUACAUCAUGUAUACAUGUACACACACGACGCGCACACACGACGCACACACGGUGGCCGAAUACAUAUAUAUACACACACGUACACACAGAUAUUACAUACACGUAUAUAUAUAUAUUAACCGAUACGAAAAUUAUGGAAUCAGUGCCGACCCCAAAACUCGCGGGUUCUUCUUAUCGGUUCUUCUUAUGUUUAUAAGAAUUCGUCGCAUACGCCGUAGGUUUUAUAUAUAUACAUACAUACAUACAUACACACGUGAGAGAAUUUCUAGGGAUAGUUAGCGCCGUGUCAAAAAGAGCGAGGUGUCAUUUCGAAGUGUCGUUUCCGGUCGUCCGCGCCACGGCGCUCGUUUAAUCGCCCAUCAACCGUCGAGAAUAUAUUUAUUGAUUACACUAGCCCCCCCUAAUUCAUCAUCCUUAUUAUUAUCGAUCGUUAAGUAUCGAUUUAAGUAUGGUUAAGCGAGAGAAAGAGAAGAAAAAAAAGGAAGGGAAAAAUAUUUCCGGCCGAAAACUAUUACGUAUUCCUUUUGUACAAGGAGGGAGGGAUCGUUCGAUCACUAAAAAAACUCGGUUCCGAAUUCACACAGAUCCGGGAUUCCUGUCGUUGUCCAUUCUCACGGCUCGAUCAUUCGAAAAAAUGAUGACGAAAUCGUUUUGUCGUUUCACCGACGCAUCGCCCGAGAAAUGUCAACCAGGCUGUGAUUAUCCAAACGAAACAAAAAAAAAAA